AUGGCAUUAAGGUAUACUGUGGAAGAGCUCAUACAUUUGAGCCAGUCGCCACUAUGUGUAAAGCCCAACUCCUUGCCUCCCAAGGAGGAUUGGAUGGGACAACUCUCCGAGACCUAUCGCAAUAAUCAAGGCACUGCCAGGACCGGCACGGACAAGACCAGGAACGGCGAAGGUGCCCUGCUUGACCAGACCAACAGACGUCCCGGCGUGGACAGACAUAGCUCGCGGAAUACUACAAAUGCCGAAGGCAUAGUUCUCGGUCCACCCCGAACGACAUUCUCCUCCUCAACCGCCACUCGAGGAAGCAAGCCAUUUGACAAUGACAAACCCUUUGCCUCCUUUCGCCGUAACGGAGAUGGCGACAAUGACCGCGAACGAGUCGACAGGGACCGAGAUGGGAGAGGUAAUUUCCGGCGUCGUGGUGAUGAUGGUGAACAAGAUAGUGACGGUUGGAGUACAGUGAAGCCUCGCAAGAGCUUUGGCCACGAAGGCGCCGAACGAUUCAAUGGCCGUAUGGGAGGCGAUCGCUUUGGCGCAGAGCGCCGCCCCCGCGACAGCCAAGACGAGACCAACGACAAGCCCAAACGCAGCAAUUUUGGAGAGUUUGGCCGCGAAAAGGACGGUGACGAUGAACGACCACGUCGGAACGGGCUACCCAGGAACCGCACAGAUCAAGCUACCUGGGGUCGUGGCGACAUUGGCGACAGCGAUGCGCCUCCCAGCCGCGAGCGCUUCGACAGAGCCAAGAGCUGGCGUGAUCGGGCAGCACCACCAGAGGAUCAACCUACUGACAGCAAGCCACGAGACCGUAACUUCAAUCGCUGGGAUAGAGAUCGAGACCAGCGCCAGGAGCGUGAUCCAGAAUGGUUCGACGAGGGUAUUGAAGAAAAGCCGCAGGCACACAGUAUUCAAGACCUUCAAAAAUUCAUGGAGUCCAUGAAGGCCCAAAAGAAGGGUGAUGCUGUGCCUGAGCAAGGCCCAGCACCAAGUAGCAUUAACACCUCAGUACGUGAAGCUUCCUUCGACAUUGAGGCGACCAAGGUCAAGUCAGCCCCCGCCGUUGAAAUGGGCCCAGACCAAUUCUUUGCCAAAUACGCUGUCACUCCCAGCGCCGACAUCGAGAAUCCUCACGAAGUACCGAAAGAGUCGGCUCCUCCCAAGCCUAAAGGAGGAUCAAGGUUUGGUAGUUUCUUCGCCUCACAACAGGGCAGACAGACGGAGCCGUCAACACCCGCAGCAGCUCCUCAACCAGCCCAGGAGAUCAACCCCUUGCUUCAGUUUGGAGGUGCAAAUGUUGCCGCCAACAUUGCUGCGGCUGCUCCUACUGGCAGCCCUAGUGGCAUGGAAGAUAGAGCUGCGUUUCAGAACAUUCUCCUCAAGCUCAAGAAGCAGCAUAUAUCAAACACUCCACCGUCUGCUGGCGGUUUCUCUGCCCCGCCCGCCGAACCCGAACGGGGCCCCUCAAGUUCAGUUGCAUCACCGGGUCCAUACCCACCAUUCAACUUGGAGCACCGAGACGGUCCACCGAGCCGUGGCCCUGUGCCCCCGGAGAUGCUUGCAUCCAGACCGCAGCCACCCAGCUAUCCAAUCCCAGGACCGAUGGGCACAGAAGCACAAUUGCUCCAGAAUCUGAUAGCACAGCGACAGCCGGUGGCGAGCCCAGCAGGUGGUCGUGAUCAAGCCCAAGUGCGCAAUAGUCAGACAGAAUUCCUCAUGAGCCUCAUGCAAAGUGGCCGGCAUGCUCCACCUGAAGUACAGAGACCCGAGCCUCACAUUCGAAUGCCCCAACCUUCUCGGCCAGCUCAAAUCCCGCAGACACCCGACAGGGAACCAGACUUCCAGCGGGAACGAAGCGGGUCUCAUCAGCAAGGACGACCUCAAGGACCUCCGGGCUUUUUUGACGAAUCACAGCUGCGCCUCGAUCAGGACAACCGCAGACAACAGCAGCCGACUCAGAUCCUUCAGCGACCCAUCUCCAUGGGCGUUGACCAGAUGCAGCCCAACUGGUUGCAAGGUGCUAACCAGCCUCCCCCUCCUGGCCCAGGCCGGCAUAUGAUUCCGCCGCCAGGACUCGCAGGCAAUCCUCGGAAUGCGCCGCCGCCGGGCAUGUUUCCCCCUGGUUUUCAUCACGCUCCUAUGGUUGUUGCACCUCCCAUGGGUGCUUUUCCGCCGGAAGCCAUGCGUAAUAUGGCGCCUCCGCCAGGUCUCUUCGGUGGUCCUGGUGGCCCUGGCGGGCCCCCGCCUCCAGGAUUUCUGCCGCCGGGCAUGAGCGGAGGCUUUCACGGAGGCCCUGAGGCUCUUGCUUUCGGUUUCGAUGGCCGAGGCAUGCCUCCUCCCGGUGCAGCCAAUUUCCGCCGUGGCUAG